AUGGCAACCUACCUGCGGUACGUUCGCAGUCUGGACUUCUUCGAGGUUCCCAACUAUGAGUACCUGCGGUGGAUCUUCAGCGACCUGAUGGAACGGCGUGGCUGGGUCUGUGACUGGGAGUUUGAUUGGUGCUAUCGUCCGCUGCCUGGCGCAAAGGUACAUUUACCACCACUUUGUAGGUGUUUUACUUGUCCACUUCUCACGAGCAUCCUUGUGCUAGAGCCGGAGGGAGGGCCGGGACCCCAGUAUAAAUAG